UACAAUUACUACCUUUACUUGAACCUCCAUCCUAUCUAUUAAAUCUUUAUACUUUAACUAAUUCUGAUGCAGUUAAGUUUUGUAAAUAUGCUAGAGGUUAUAAUAGUGCCUUAGCUUGUAUAUCUUUUGGUGCUAAUAUAAAUAACCAAUUUUUGGAACAUGGUAUAUCAAAUUUUCAAAUUCAUGAUCAAGUUUAUCAUUUAAUUGGAUCAUUAUUACCAAAUGAAGGUCACACACUAGCAUUUGCUCAAAUAUAUAUUUAUGAUACUGCAAAUAAAAUUACAAAUCAUUAUAAUGUAAUGCAGGAAUUAAAUGAAAAUAUUUUACAGAGUUUACAAAAUAUAUUAGAUAUUUGCAACCCAUAUAUUCAAAAUUUUUGUCAAAUAAGAAAUAUUAUAUAUAAUAAUGCAACUACUAAAAUUUCAAUAAUAAUUCAUAGUGAUAGAAAUCAAAAUAUUUGUUGUUAUAAUGCUUCAUUAGCUCCUGAUAUAGCUGCAAUAAUGGUAGGUGAUAGUCAUGAAGUAAAUCUAACAAAUCAGGAUAUUCUUCUUAGAACAUGUAAUAGAAAUUUGCAAAAAAUAGCAGAG